GUCGCCUUGUUUGGUGGUGAUUCGUGGCCUCAUUUUUCAAGCGACAUGCCCAAACCGAGGCGGUAGAAAAGCGGUGGACGUAACACGUCAGCAAUGGAUAGCAUGUGACGCGUUGAUUGAGAACGGCGAUGGUCUUGCAUUGCAUAUCUUUGUUGACGUGUCUGUCACAAGCAUCUGGUUGCCUUCAUAAUGGUGGUCCCGAAGACCAACUCAUGCAACGUUUCCCCUCUCAAAUCGAUCCCGCGCUGAGUGCCUUCGAACCCUUCGACCAUCCCAAUCCCCUCCAGUCAGACCAACACAAGGCUUCAGCACAAUGGAAAACGACACCUUUGACACCGGGCCGGUCCAUCCAACCCAACCGGGCCAACCCCCACGGCCUCAGCUUGACGAAGCGGAGGGUCACACCCAAGUCAACUCAUCAAACGCACCAGCUCCUUUCAUCUCCGACCAGGAGCUCUUUGGCUCUGGAUCACUCGCCGGCUUUGUUUUUGAUCCGCUAGGCCCGGAUCAAGGUAGUGUCUACCCACCAACUACCACCAGUUAUGCGCUUGAUCCAGCUCCCCCCUUCAACAUGGGCGGGACACUUGCCAUUGGAUCGAACUUCGGUAAUGUCCAUUGGGAUGCGCUCAACCCAUACCACCAACCCUUGAACUAUCCAUUUCCGCCUCAAAUUGACCAUAUGCCGGGUCUCCCAAGCACUAACGAAGGAGUAUGUGGUGUUGGCUAUACCAUGGGCUCCUCAGACACCACCGUUUCUAUGGACUCCAUAACUCCGUUGAGGGAGUGUUUUGAUCAAGAUACCCGCCUACUCGCUGACUCUUUCCACAUCCCGAGCACGGCGGGCUCUCUUGGAAACCUCCUAAGUCCACACGAAAUUGCCAUCAGUGAUCCAUUCCAAUUCAACCGACCCAUCUUUCAAGGCCUUUUCCCUAUUCCAUCCACAUCGAGCCUACCUCUACUCUCGACAGAGUUGACAUUUGACAGCCCAUGUGUCGAAGACUUAAUUCCACACACGACCGUCUCCUCCAACGUACUAGAGCAUUCUUCUUUCGCAUUUCCUUGGCAAGCCUCUCCGAGCUUCGCUCUAGGUAAUCCUCUCGAGAGUGCGCCUUCUACGUGGGUGAACCACAAUGCGGUUAUGGUCGCCCAGCAAGCCCAGCAUAACGACAACAUUAUUGAGGCAUCCUCGCAAGUUGUGGCGCGCAAAGGGGCACACAGACGAGCAGACUGUACUCCUGGAGAGUCCUCGCAUUCCAAGGAUGCCUGGAACGCAAUGUGGCCCAUCUUUGAAGAUAUCUAUCAAAACCACACUCUCGAAGAAAGCAUGAUGGUCCUUUUGCUUGUUCAUAACUUCGAAGCCACCAAGGAUGAAUUCAAAAAUAGACUUCGAAAAUCGAAGACUAGAAAAAACAGGUCAAGGAAGCGCCCUGAUACUGUCAUACCUCUGGGGUUUUCGAGAAGCAGAGGGGGCACGAAUGAGCGAACAAGACUAAAAACGAGAGGGGCCAUACACGAACCAUAUCCAUAUCAUACGUCGGGCACACCUCGAAUUCUAGGUUCCAUACCUCGCAACCCUGCGCCUCAGUUGUAUCACAUCCAGACCAAACUGCUAUUGUGCAUCGACAAGUAUGUGAACGGAUUCUUCGAUUCACGUCCUAGCCCAAGAUUCUCGCCCACAUCAGACAACUUUCUGAAGGAGCAGACAAAAGCUGAAUGGCACUGGCAAAUCAUCUUGAAUCGUUGCAGAGUGGUGUCUGCAUUUGUUCGAAAGAAAAAGGAGUUUACGCAAUUCUGGAGAGGCGAAACACUCGCCAAACCGAAGAUAAACGAACGGUUCAAAGCGGUUAUGGGCCGCAUGAUCCAAAACAGAGUCUUCGAUGAAUUGGCAGGCGCGAAAAAUAGCUGCAGCCCCUACACAUUGAUCUCUCUUUGGGAUGUUUGCCGCAUCCUGGAGGUUCUCCCGUCUCAACUAGGUUCUCCCGAGGACGAAAUGUCUUAUGUUAGUCCAUUCAUAUGCACACUACGAAGUCUCCUACAUGGGCUUGGCGAAGGGCAUUAUGUGGGACUGGCCAACCUCCUGCAAGAGUUGCUUAACAGCUUCCAAACGGACCUUCGAAACGCCCAUGCUCAUCUUCGAAAAGCAAACGCUGAUCUUCAGGAGGUCCACUCUUCUCUUCGAAAAGCGAACGCUGAUCUUCCGAAAGUCUACUCUGCGCUUCGGAAAGGAGAAAUUGAUGUCCAAGUUGAAUUCUGGAACACGCUUCGAAUUAGCUGUCUCUGUACCGCUAGGGCCUUUACGACUAGACUCGGCGCCAACCACCCUGCCGUCCUUAAUGCUUGGGCCAUCUAUUUUCGACACUGGGACAUCAAGGCUCUUGAUAAGUCAACCUUCCUGGAAAGCUACGAGAAAACCCUGAAGCAAACUCAAGAUAAACAUGGUCACAGUGACGACUGCACGAUCAGCCUUCUACAUAAUUACACGACCAUGGCGUAUUAUGUCUGUCGAGAUUAUGAACGAGCUUCCCGACUCGCCGAUGAGCUCUGGAGUCAGACUAAAGCCCCCAUUGAAUCCCGGGAUGAAUCGUUGGACUGGACAGUCAAGGUGCAGGGUAUGACUGAGGCAGCUAAGAUCCGGGCUCUACUCUUGUGCAUCAAUCAAAGCCAAAAUAACAAGCAGGAAUCGGCUACAUACAGGAAACAUCUCCGUCACAAACUGAAUCUUAGAAGCCGAUGGAAGCGCCGCAAGCGCCGCCUCGAGCUUGAACUUCCACCUCGCUCUGAAGAGACUAAGCAGGCUAUCGAUUGCCUAGACACGGUUGUAGGGCAACUAUCCAUGGUCGAUGACUGGGACUCCAAUGUGAUGGCGGCGGGCUUGUCUGACUGCCUAGUAGGAUUGACAGUUGAAUACUAUGGAGAGGAUGCUGCCUUGCGUAACGAGGUCGCCAGGAGGCAACGGGAUAGGGCGAGAGAGAUUCGCUCAGGUAUUAUUUCAUUCCAGGAACUCGUUCAAGAGCCGCCUGCUUAGGGUUAAUAAGUGGUCGGGUCGAAAUGUAUUUGUGGCGCAGUGCAAAAGCCUUUUUUUUCCUUUUGUUUUUUGGUGAUGGUAUCGAGAUUUUGGACCUUCUUGCGCUCAUGAAUUUGCAUGAAUGGCUCAACUCUUCGGUGACCGCAACAGCGAUGACGAAGAAGUUGAUGAGGGAAGUCAAUGACGUGUCACGUCGCGAGGGCAUUGGAGGUCUCGUGUGAGUACGAUCUCAUCGACAGGCUCUUUGAAAGGAUUUUGAGGAUGCCGGUCAUAGUGAGCAUUAUGUAGACGGAUUACGACAACGGGAAGCCAAUGGAGGUAGAUAUUGCCCUGCUUUACACCGUACGGAAAGGAUGUGACGACAAUCGAAACCCUGUACGUCCUCAUGAAAACCAUCAACAAGCGGCUAAUAAGCGAAGCACAGGGCGUGAAGUUUCAGAAAC